UUAUAACGUGUGGCGGCGCCAGGUGACCCGACAGCGACCUGUCCGGCAGCAGCUGCGUCGGACCCGGGACCCGUUUCUGCGCUUUCAGCCGAAGUGGAAUAAGUCGGAGCCGAGGGAUCCGCAUCCGGACGCAAACCCCUGCUCGCCAAAGCAGUUAAGGGACCGACUGCCUGGUGUGAACGUCUCCCAGGCUCUUGCCUUCCAGAGAGGACGACAGUGAGGAUCGACCGGAGAUGACAGACGUCUCUGCCGCAGGAGGGGUCGGGACCAGAGGAGCGGAGUCUCUUCGGAUACUGAUGCUGUGCCUCCUCCGACUGCUGGUUCUGCCGCCUGCAGACUCCAACACUGCUCCAGAUGCCAAAGCCUGGAGCCAAACGGGGCCCCGGCUGCAGCUCUCCCACUCAGACCUGAGGAACCGCUCGGCCGUCUUCUGGAAGGGUGGGGUCAGCGGGGGUUACGAGGCCCUUCUGCUGGACGAGGACCAAGGCUGGCUGCUGGUCGGCGGUAGAGACCACAUCUACCUGCUGAGUCCUGACAGCUUGGACCUGCCCACGCAUACGGUCUACUGGCCUGCUGCCAGAGAACACGUGGAGCACUGCAGACUGGCGGGAAAAAGUCUGGAGACAGAGUGUGCCAAUUUUGUGCGGCUGCUGCAGCCCUUCAACAAAACCCAUGUUUAUGCUUGUGGCACCGGUGCCUUCCAUCCACAGUGCACAUACCUGCACUUGGGACACAACGCCGAGGGGCCGUUGUUCAUGUUGUCUCAUACAGUGGAGUCGGGCAGAGGAAAAUGUCCCUUCAGUCCCAAAGAGCCCUUCACUGCGAGGCUGACUGAUGGGGAACUCUAUGCAGGGACCUCAGUGGACUUCAUGGGAGCCAACGCUGCAGUCUUCCGUACCACGCUCCAGGGCAGCGUUCAACAUUACAUCCGCACUGAAGCCUACGACCAAAACUGGCUGAACGAGCCAGAGUUCGUGGGCUCCUUCUCCAUCCCUGACACUCACAGUCCGGACGACGACAAGGUUUACUUCUUCUUCAAGGAGAGGGCGGUGGAAGCCGGACAGUGGGACAAGAGGGUGUACAGUCGCGUGGCUCGAGUCUGCAAGAAUGACAUAGGGGGUAAGAGGAGUCUGAUCAACCGCUGGACCACCUUCCUCAAAGCCAGACUGGUCUGUUCUGUUCCCGGACCGUCUGGAGUUGACACGCAGUUUAAUGAGCUUGAGGACAUCUUUGUUCUGGAGACCAAGGACCCUCAAAAUCCCACCAUCUACGGUGUCUUCAGCACUUCCAGCUCUAUAUUUCCUGGUUCGGCGGUGUGUGUCUACUCCAUGGCGUCUAUCCGUGCAGCUUUCAACGGGCCGUUUGCCCAUAAAGAAGGUCCUGACUAUCGCUGGGUGGAGUACAAGGGCCGCAUCCCCUAUCCGAGACCUGGAACCUGUCCCAGCGAGACAUAUGAUGCGCUCCACAAGUCCACCAAGGACUUCCCAGACGAGGUGGUGAGCUUCAUGCGGCAGCAUCAGCUGAUGUGGGAGCCGGUCCUGCCUCUGGGCGGCAGACCCAUAUUCACCCGGGUCAACGCGCCCAACAUGUUGAAGAGAGUGGUAGUGGACAGAGUGGAUGCCGAGGAUGGACCUUACGACGUCUUACACCUGGGCACAGAUGAUGGGAAGGUGGUGAAGGCAGUGUCGGUCAUCAAAGACAACUGGGACAAAGAGGAGAUCAUUCUGGAGGAACUGACUGUCUUCCAGAGUCCCGCUCCCAUCCUGAGCAUGGAGCUGUCGACCAAGAGACAACAGCUGUACGUGUCCAGCGAGCUCGGCGUGGCCCAGCUGGGGCUCCAGAGGUGUGAGUUGUACGGGACCGACUGCGCUGAGUGCUGCCUGGCCAGAGACCCCUACUGCUCCUGGGACGGACAGACCUGCUCCAGAUACUUCCCCACCAGCAAGAGGCGGGCACGGAGACAGGAUGUUAAAUAUGGAGACCCCUGGAGUCAGUGCCCGGUCACAGAGGACGAUUCUGCCGCCGUGGAGGUGAAAUCGGUGUACGGCGUGGAGGGGAACUCCACCUUCCUGGAGUGCGUUGCUCGGUCACCUCAGGCUGAGCUCAGGUGGACGAGGCAGCAGAACACAGACACGGACAGCCAGCAGCAAACUCUCAGUCAGAUACAUGAAGGCAGAAAAAUCCCUCAGAGCGAUGACAACCGCUCUCUCCACAUGAAGCGGGGGUUGCUGGUUCAGCGCCUGGAGCCGGCUGACGCGGGCCUCUACACCUGCACCAGCCACGAGCACUCCUACAGCCAGGUCCUGGCGCAAUACCGUGUCCACAUCAUCCCCAACCACAGCCUCCACCCAGCCCGCUACCAGCAGAGCCACAGCCCAAACCCAGGGAAGGGUGGCACGGCCGGGGUCAUGGUCACCGGGUUUCUAGGCCAGUCCGCGCCCCCCCAUCCACCACUUUCGCUGCCGGGACACAGGAACUCGUGGCUGCCCCAGCAUCCUCAGCAGCUCCCCCUGAGGAGCUACAAAGACCUGCACAUGGCGGGGACCAACAGCCUGAGCGUGGACGAGUACUGCGAGCAGCUGUGGUACCGCGAGAAACGCCGGCAGCAGAAACUCCGCACCCUGAAGCUGAAGCAGGAGGGAAGGAAAGCUCGGGUGAGGAGGAACAACCCUCCCGAGGUUCGCCUCUAGUCACCUGGAGAACACAGACACUGCCUAUGGACAACAGAUCCUGUACAUGCGGAGGACAUGGGAAGGUUUUUCAGCCAAUUAUGCCAGCCUGUAAAGUGACACCCACUAUAUUUGUCAUUAAAGACUGACAGUAAUAUUAAAAUAUAGUAAAUCCUUAUCCUGAAUAUUUUGACAUUUAGACGAUAGCACUGUAGAAAAAAGUUUUUUUUCCCCUCUGGUUUCAUAUGAUGAGCAGUGUUCAUCAUUGUUUGGAACAUACGGCAGUUAAAUGUUAUUCUGUAAGUCCAAGUUGGAAAGAAAUUCGGACCAGCGUGAUGGACUCAGGUGUCCGAAUGAUCCAUCCGCUCACGACACACGCCUUAGAAUCACGAAGGGGCCAAGUAUUAUCGGCGAAUAACGCAUUUAAUCAUGCAUUUGUGUUGCUGACAGUUUACGAGACGAUGCGUUUUAUUAUCUGGCCAUUUCCGCAUGAACAGAGACACAGAUAAAAGGGAAGAAACGCACCUGAUUACAUUUUGUUUUCAGGCUUCUAGAUAUACAUUCAAAUGUGUUGCUUUGCUAAAGUAUCCUGCUGGAUGAUUGUCCGGCUAAUCACGCCAGAAACUGACAGGUCUGAGUUUUAAAGCCCUGAAUAGCUGCUUCCUUAAUUCGCUUCUUAGUGCUCGUGAUGGGACCCUGCAUAGACACCACAGCCUCUGCCACAUUCACAGCUGUUUCUUCUCAAGCGAAAGAUUUUCCUCUGAGCUCUUCUCACUGGUUUGAGGUGGAUGGGGCUCGGUUGAGGAAUAGUGAUGUAACGGAGGACAUUUUAGCCAAAAUCUGACGACAGUCGGUGGGUUGUUUGCUUGUGCUGCCAGCACCUUAGAUCCAAUAUUAAUCAAAUCACAUCCACACGGUCCUGAUGAAGAGGAUCAGCUGAUUUUUCGGAUGUUAAACUGUUGAUAAAUAGUAGCUAAGGAUGAUCUUUUUUCCGACUUAACUUUGACUGUUGCUUAUUUAGUCGCGGCUUUUAAAUAUUCUAGAGAAAUAUUUAAGAUCAGAAACCACGUUUUCAGGGUUUCUUUUAAGUUACUAAUUGUAGUGUUAGAGAGAAUAGUAGCCUAAACGAUUUACUUUGACUUUAAUGCUAUGAAUUUUACCAAAAUUCACACCACAACAGUCCUUUUCUAGUCCGCCCCUUUUCUACCCAAAUUAUCAGUUCAGACUGUCUCUACAACCGGGCACCAAACGGCUGACAUGUAGCAAAACUGCCAAAUCUUCAUACAGGACAGACAAUACAGGUGAACAUGUACCAGGAUCUCACACACAGUGUGCCGUCCACAGUAUGAGCUCAUGACGGGAGACUAAACAAGGAAAGUGUUCACCCAGUUUACUGCUACACAUUUAACUGUGUUUAACAAAAACGCAUCUAUUUAUGUUUGUUCUGAGUUGCAAUGCUGAUCUACACUGAUUAGAUCUAGGCUUCGUACAUACCUAAUGGGUGGAAUAAAGGCAUCAGUGGAAACGCACACAUGAAAUGGACCUUGCUUGAAAAUACAGUAUGUAUAGCUUAUUAAUUCUGCCAUGUAACUAAUAAUUAUUAUUCACAUCAGUGUAUAUUAAAGAACUCUAUUUUUGAUAGUUUUCUUUCUUCGUGUACUAGAAUUUAGUGCAUUUUCAGUGUUUAUAUAAACCUGUGUGUUUCUGAUAAGCAGAAAGAUUUUUUUUUUUAAUGUCACAACUCUAAUAAGCUUUGAGACAACGAACUCAGUAAUGAAGCUGUGUUAUACUGUGUGUAAAUGACAACU